AUGUAUCUCCAAGAGGAACUGAGCAAGCUCAAAGUGUCCGAUCUCAAAGGUAUAUGCAGACAGAUCAGGUCUUCUGGCCUUACUGGCAAUUCGCCCAAUCCCUCGCAGCUUAAAGCUCUCAACUAUUCCAAACUCGCUAAAGCCGCACUGAUACAACUGAUUCUCGACAUAUCCAAGACAAAUACUAACGCUCCCGUCAAACACUCACUGACCUCGCCCGAACCUAUCAUUUCUCAUCGCGAAACACUUUCAAUUCAGGGGAACGAUCAACCCUCAAAGCCGACCAACAAGAGACGAAAGGUUGACACUUUCUCCAAACCAGAGAUCAACACGGCUGACACCGAAUCAAUCACUCGUCACACACCCGUAGCCCCUCCAACCGGAGUUAAGGCUUCGAGACUCAAUGUUUCCUACUUAAAGUCCGGAGAUGAAAAAGAUUCCAAUGACACAACAAAUACUCAGAAAUCUCAAGAGUCGCUCAAAACCUCAAAGAUCCGUUCUCAAGGCAAGUUUCAGGCGCCUUUACCCGUGAUCAAGAAAACACCCACGACAUUCAUUGCUUCCCCUCAGAAUUUGACACGUGCCUCGAGGCCAGCUGAAUCAUUUAUGUCCAGCUUGGAUCGACUAGAUUUCCUGCGCAAUCAUUUCCUGAAUGCUCUAUUCCUCGAAUUCAAUGCUGCUCGUGAAAUCCCUACCUUCACUACGCCAUCUUCAGCACUCCUUCGAGAUUCAACCACCGCCGUAAAACCAUACCAGGAUCUCGCAUUCCCCGGCUUUGGACCGGCUAUGUUCAGCAAAAACGUCUCGAUUGAAGGAUUUAUGGUUGCCAUCCGCUUCUGGUUGUCAAGACUUCACACCCUUUCACAAUUGGGAUCUACAGAAUCAUGGAGCGUUCACGGUCACGGACAGGGUAUUCUUGGUCCAGAUCUAUCCAGAUGGCCUCCGGUACUCAGCUGCAAGAAGAUCUCGGAGGACGUCUGGCUGAUCGAGACGGGUAAUAUCGAGAUCAUCCCUGAAGAUAGGUCAAACAUUCCGAACAAAUUCCUCACUUUAGGGAUCAAUGGCGAUGUGCUCUCCUCAAAUCUGGAUAAAUACGAAGGCGGAUCGAUUCAUGGCUGUCCAGUCCGACAUGACUGGUACAAUUACAUCGUUUCUGACCAACCUUCCACUUCGGGCAUCUCGUCUUUACUUGAUCACGUGAAGACCAAAGAUCCCUCGCAUCAUCCUCAUGGCAUCUCUCGAGCAUGGAAAGAAAGGGUAGAGGCGCGAGGGAACACCGGUGAAUUGAUUCAGAUCGCAAAGCGAGCUGUGUUAGCUAGUUGUGCACUGAAUAGCUUUAGCGGAAGCAAGCUGUCAGCUACGAAGAUGGAUGCUCAUACCUUGGGCUAUCCAACAAUACCAAGGGGAAAUAAUUCGUCUCCUGUUGAGCUGUAUUUGCCAGAAUCAUCUCAAAUUCUGUCUGUUCAUGUCGACAAACCACCCUAUCACCCUGCACUCGCUUCGGUUCAUCGACAUGGUGGUAUUACGGACUUUGUCCUCUCAGAGACUGGUCAAGUUGUGGGGAAUGAGGACGAAGGUGUUUCGAGUCUUUGGCAAGGAUUCUUGGGAUGUGAUUCGAACGGAAAUGAGAAUCGCUCAAAUAUGGCAGCGUUCUGGAAGGGGUGGGAGAUGAGGAUGAUACAAGUGUGUUAUGCAUGA